CUUUGCGUCAAACCUCGAUGAAAAUGUUCAUGCAAGCAACCGCACUCCCCAAAAUUUCUCUUCUCCCCUCUUUUAACAGGUUUCUUAACAACAGUAGCUUCGCUUUCGCGCUUCCAGCAAGUGUUGAAAUUCUUUGCUCACAUCUUCAUUUUUCACCUACUGAACAACUAAGCAACUUGUUGUUCAAUAACUCCAAAUUUAUUUGAUCAACAUAAUCAAUCUUUGUUUGUUUGUUUUGAUGCGCUCCGCUGGGCAACAACAUAAUCAAUCUUCUGCACACAUUUAUAUAUAAUUAAAUUCAUCAUCAGAAGCUUAAGUAUUCAUACUGCAGCUCUUGCAUCUCACUCAGUGCUGUAGUCCCACAUCAGUGUGCGACAAAAACAACAAGAUGGAAGGUUCUUUCCGCAACAAAAUGAAGGGUCGUUCUCUAGCAGUUCCGAAGACUUCUACUGCUUCUCUCAAAAGUGGCAGUCGUCUCUUCGGAAGUGCCGCGUUAUUACGUGGUCUAGCAGCUGUUUCUUGUUCCGUAGCUCCUGCUCCUAUUGAUGCUGCUGCGGUCAGAGGAUGAUAUGCAUCGCACCUUGCAUCAGAAGGUUGUCUCCAUGUUCAGUUGCAGCGUCAAGAAGUGUGAAGACUAGUGUACAUGUACUUAGUGCAAAAGGUUAAAUCUCCAUCAUGGCAUGUGCAGCGUCUAGAAGUGUGAAGACUAAUGUACUUUGUGCAGCGACGACACGAUUGCGCUUUAUGAAUGUUGACGUCUUUCAACUCGUCCUAGUUUUCUAGUUUCCGUAUGUGUUGCGCUCUCUUUGUUCUUGCAGCGUUCCAAGAUCCUCUCAAAUUCCUUCUGCGUCGUUGAUCUCUUGAUGUCAAAGAAUGUCC